AUGAAGUCGUACCCAAGCUUCCUGGCUUGCAUUAUUGAACCUUCAAUGGCCGCAUCCGAUGCAAGCGGGCGGGCGUUUUGCGUUCAUAUGGUCAUCCUAGUCCUUUUCCGUUUCGGUGGAGCUUAUUUGCUGGAGGCGACUUCAAAGCGCCUCCCUUUCACCUCCCAGUCACUUGAUUGCAGGCUUUUGGCCGGACCUGGACGGUGGUAUUAUAAAGCGGCCCUGGCAGAGCAGAAAGAGCCUUUCAAGGAGCCUAGUUUGGAUGAACUAAUGACUUCACAAGCCGCCAAAGUGAACGUGUCGGAGCCUCGGUUGCACAUUUCGUACCUAUGUUUACAGUCUACUUCAAAUAAACAAGCACAUUAG